AUGUCACUAGCCACUAAAGAGACCAGAAAAUGCCUCCUGGAGGAGAUGGAAGAUGAAGUGGUUCUCCAGUGUAUUGCUAACAUCCACAAGGAGCAAAGAAAGUUCUGUUUGGCAGCUGAAGGACUUGGGAACCGCCUGUGUUUCUUGGAGCCAACUUCUGAAGCUAAGUAUGUUCCUCCAGACCUAUGCAUCUGCAAUUUUGUACUGGAACAGUCUCUGUCUGUAAGAGCUCUACAGGAAAUGCUUGCCAACACAGGUGAAAAUGCCAGUGAAGGGGUAGCACAAGGUGGUGGUCACCGGACGCUGUUGUAUGGACAUGCAAUUCUCCUUCGGCAUUCAUUUAGUAGAAUGUAUCUGACAUGUUUGACCACAUCAAGAUCUCAGACAGAUAAACUUGCCUUUGACGUGGGACUAAGGGAACAUGCCACAGGGGAAGCAUGCUGGUGGACCAUACACCCUGCGUCCAAACAGAGAUCUGAAGGAGAGAAGGUGCGAAUCGGUGAUGACCUCAUCCUUGUCAGCGUGUCUUCGGAAAGAUAUCUUCAUCUCUCCAUAUCGAAUGGCAACAUACAAGUGGAUGCCUCUUUUAUGCAAACACUCUGGAAUGUACAUCCUACAUGCUCAGGAAGUAGCAUCGAAGAAGGAUACUUACUUGGUGGGCAUGUAGUACGUUUUUUCCAUGGCCAUGAUGAGUGUUUGACAACCCUAUCUACAGACCAGAAUGAUUCCCAACACAGGAGGAUAUUUUAUGAAACUGGAGGAGCUGGGAGCAGAGCCAGGUCACUGUGGAGAGUGGAACCCCUUCGGAUAAGCUGGAGUGGCAGUAACAUCAGGUGGGGCCAGGCCUUCCGACUUCGGCACAUUACCACUGGCCAUUACCUGGCUCUGACAGAAGAUCAAGGCCUUAUCUUGCAAGAUAGAGGGAAAUCGGACACCAAGUCCACGGCCUUUUGUUUCCGGGCAUCAAAGGAGAUCAAGGAAAAAUUGGAUUCCAGUCAUAAGCGGGAUAUUGAAGGCAUGGGAAUUGCAGAAAUAAAGUAUGGCGAUUCCAUAUGCUUUGUCCAGCAUAUAGCUAGUGGUUUAUGGAUGACUUACAAAGCACAAGAUGCCAAAACACCACGCCUUGGCCCACUGAAAAGAAAGGUUAUACUCCAUCAAGAGGGCCACAUGGAUGAUGGCUUAACACUUCAGAGAUGUCAGCAUGAGGAGUCCCAGGCUGCUCGGAUCAUCCGAAACACAACAUCCUUAUUUAGUCAAUUUAUAAGUGGAAACAAUCGAACUGCUGCACCCAUCCUUCUGCCAAUAGAAGAAGUCCUUCAGACUUUGCAAGAUCUGAUCACCUAUUUUCAGCCUCCAGAGGAAGAGAUGCAACAUGAAGAUAAGCAAAACAAGCUCAGGUCACUCAAAAAUAGACAGAAUCUGUUUAAAGAAGAGGGAAUGUUGGCCCUUGUGUUAAAUUGCAUUGACCGUUUAAAUGUCUACAACAGUGUAGCACAUUUUACUGGGUUUGCAAGGGAAGAAAGUGGUACAGCUUGGAAAGAAAUUCUGAACCUCCUUUACCAAUUGCUAGCUGCCCUCAUUCGUGGUAACAGAAAUAAUUGUGCUCAGUUCUCCAAUAACCUUGAUUGGCUGAUUAGUAAAUUGGACAGGCUGGAAUCUUCCUCAGGUAUUUUGGAGGUAUUGCAUUGCAUCUUGAUUGAAAGCCCAGAAGCCUUAAAUUUGAUAUCAGAGGGACACAUAAAAUCCAUCAUUUCUCUUCUGGAUAAACAUGGCCGCAAUCACAAGGUUCUUGAUGUACUUUGCUCUCUCUGUCUCUGUAAUGGGGUUGCAGUAAGAGCCAACCAGAAUCUUAUCUGUGACAACCUGCUGCCCCGAAGAGACUUGCUUCUCCAGACUCGGCUGAUUAAUGAUGUGACAAGCAUCCGGCCAAAUAUUUUCCUGGGAGUUGCUGAAGGCUCAGCUCAGUACAGGAAAUGGUACUUUGAGCUUAUAAUAGAUCAAGUGGAUCCUUUCAUAACAGCAGAACCCACACACCUGCGGGUAGGCUGGGCUUCUUCACCAGGCUAUGCUCCUUACCCUGGUGGUGGAGAAGGUUGGGGAGGCAACGGUGUCGGUGAUGACCUAUACUCCUAUGGCUUUGAUGGGCUCCAUCUGUGGUCUGGCCGAGUUCCAAGAGCAGUGGCUUCUGUCAACCAGCAUUUGUUAAAGUCUGACGACGUGGUGAGUUGCUGCCUUGACCUUGGUGUACCCAGCAUCUCAUUCCGAAUCAAUGGGCAGCCUGUGCAGGGAAUGUUUGAGAACUUCAACACUGAUGGGCUCUUUUUCCCUGUGGUGAGCUUUUCAGCAGGCAUCAAAGUGCGUUUCCUUCUGGGUGGACGUCAUGGGGAGUUUAAGUUUUUGCCUCCAUCUGGUUAUGCCCCCUGCUAUGAAGCCUUGCUUCCAAAAGAGAAGAUGAUUUUGGAGCCUGUCAAAGAAUAUAAGCGUGAUUCUGAAGGAAUUAGGGAUUUGUUGGGCACUACACGGUUCCUCUCUCAAGCCUCCUUCAUCCCAUGCCCUAUAGACACCAGUCAGAUUGUUUUGCCUCCUCAUUUAGAAAAGAUAAGAGACAGACUGGCUGAAAACAUCCAUGAGCUAUGGGGCAUGAAUAAAAUAGAGCUAGGAUGGACCUUUGGCAAGAUGCGGGAUGACAACAAAAGGCAACACCCCUGUCUUGUGGAAUUCUCAAAGCUACCUGAAACUGAGAAGAAUUAUAACCUGCAAAUGUCAACAGAAACUUUAAAAACCCUUCUAGCCCUGGGAUGUCACAUUGUUCAUGCUAAUCUGGCUGCUGAGGAAGAUCUCAAGAAAGUAAAACUUCCCAAAAACUACAUGAUGUCAAAUGGCUAUAAGCCUGCCCCUUUGGAUCUGUCUGAUGUGAAGCUGUUACCUCCUCAAGAAAUUUUGGUUGAUAAACUUGCAGAGAACGCACACAAUGUUUGGGCAAAAGACAGAAUAAAACAAGGAUGGACCUAUGGCAUCCAACAGGAUCUGAAGAAUAAAAGGAAUCCUCGUUUGGUACCAUAUGCAUUACUAGAUGAACGUACAAAGAAGUCAAACAGAGACAGUCUUCGUGAAGCAGUUCGAACAUUUAUUGGUUAUGGGUAUAAUGUUGAGCCUUCAGACCAAGAAUUAGCUGACCAAACUAUGGAAAAAGUCAGUGUGGACAAGAUACGAUUUUUCCGAGUGGAACAGUCUUAUGCAGUGAAAUCUGGAAAGUGGUAUUUUGAAUUUGAAGUGGUGACAGGAGGAGAUAUGCGUGUUGGCUGGGCCAGGCCAGGCUGUCGGCCGGAUAUUGAGCUAGGGGCAGAUGAUCAAGCUUUUGUAUUUGAAGGCAGCAAGGGCCAGCGCUGGCAUCAGGGGAGUGGAUAUUUUGGGCGCAAUUGGCAACCAGGGGAUGUGGUUGGCUGUAUGAUUAACUUAGAUGAUGCAUCAAUGAUCUUCACUCUGAAUGGGGAACUGUUGAUUACCAAUAAAGGUUCAGAACUUGCCUUUGCUGACUAUGAGAUUGAGAAUGGUUUUGUCCCCAUAUGCUCACUGGGUUUGUCUCAGAUUGGCCGUAUGAACCUUGGGAUGGAUGCUAGUACCUUCAAGUAUUACACCAUGUGUGGCCUCCAGGAGGGCUUUGAGCCUUUUGCUGUCAACAUGAACCGAGAUGUUGCUAUGUGGUUCAGCAAACGCCUCCCUACAUUUGUCAAUGUGCCAAAGGAUCAUACUCAUAUAGAGGUCAUAAGAAUUGAUGGGACAAUGGAUACCCCACCCUGCCUUAAGGUCACCCACAAGACAUUUGGCACACAGAAUAGCAGUGCUGAAAUGAUCUACUGUCGCCUGAGCAUGCCUGUGGAAUGCUAUUCCUCCUUCCACCACAGUACUGGUUUGGAAAGUGACAUUUUUCAGAAAAGGAAACAGAUACAAGAAAUAGUUGCUCAUACAACAACGCAGUGCUAUUAUUCUGUGCGCAUAUUUGCUGGCCAGGACCCUUGCUACACUUGGGUCGGGUGGGUGACACCAGACUACCAUUUGUAUAGUGAGAAGUUUGACUUGAAUAAAAACUGCACAGUGACCGUGACUCUGGGAGACGAAAGAGGCCGAGUCCAUGAAAGUGUGAAACGCAGCAAUUGCUACAUGGUUUGGGGUGGAGAUGUAAUUGCCAGUUCCCAGAGAUCAAGUCGAAGUAAUGUGGACCUAGAAAUUGGCUGCCUCAUUGACUUGGCCACAGGCAUGAUAUCCUUCUCAGCCAAUGGGAAAGAACUGGACACCUGCUACCAGGUUGAGCCCAACACCAAAGUGUUUCCAGCCGUUUUCCUGCAACCCACAAGCACUUCAUUGGUUCAGUUUGAACUUGGCAAGUUAAAGAAUGCAAUGCCCCUAUCAGCAGCAAUAUUUAAGAGUGAAGAGAAGAAUCUUGUUCCCCAGUGUCCCCCUCGACUGGAUGUCCAGACCAUACAGCCUGUACUCUGGAGUCGUAUGCCUAACAGCUUCCUGAAGAUAGAAAUGGAAAGGGUGAGCGAACGCCACGGCUGGAUGGUGCAAUGCCUGGAGCCACUGCAGAUGAUGGCCCUCCACAUCCCUGAGGAGAACAGGUGUGUGGAUAUCUUGGAACUCUGUGAACAGGAGGAUUUGAUGCGGUUCCAUUAUCACACACUAAAACUUUAUAGUGCAGUCUGUGCCUUAGGAAACAAUCGAGUGGCCUAUGCCCUCUGUAGCCAUGUAGAACUGUCUCAGCUCUUCUACACGAUUGAUAACCAGUACCUCCCUGGUCUUCUGCGCUGUGGCUUCUAUGAUCUACUCAUAAGCAUCCACCUGGCACAUGCAAAGGAGGGAAAACUGAUGAUGAAAAAUGAGUUCAUCAUCCCUAUCACCAAUACCACCCGGAAAAUUAGACUAUACCCAGAUGAAUCCAAGCGGCAUGGGCUACCAGGGGUGGGCCUGACCACAUGCCUUAAACCAGGAUUCAAUUUCUCCACCCCUUGCUUCAUUGUAACCAGUGAAGAGCGCCAAAAACUAAGCCCUGAGAUUCCUUUGGAGAUUCUCAAGACCAAGGCCUUGAGUAUGCUGACAGAGGCAGUGCAGUGCAGUGGGGCACACAUCCGUGACCCUGUUGGAGGAUCUGUGGAAUUCCAAUUUGUACCAGUUUUGAAACUCAUUGGGACCUUGCUGGUCAUGGGAGUGUUUGACAAUGAUGAUGUUCGGCAAAUCCUACUCCUCAUUGAUCCCUCUGUGUUUGGGGAACAUACAGAAGAAGCACAGGAAACCUUGGAAAAGGAGGUGACACAGGUGGAGGAGAAGGCAGUGGAGGCUGGAGAAAAGGCCAGCAAGAACACCCCAGCCCCUGUUCGAGGUUUACUUCAGACUCGAUUGCCAGAAUCUGUUAAGCUUCAGAUGUGUGAGCUUCUCAACUAUUUCUGUGACUGUGAACUGCAGCACCGAGUAGAAGCCAUUGUUGCAUUUGGUGACAUUUAUGUGUCCAAGUUACAAGCAAACCAGAAAUUUCGCUACAAUGAGCUUAUGCAAGCCCUAAACAUGUCAGCAGCCCUGACAGCCAAAAAGACCAGAGAGUUCCGAUCUCCUCCACAAGAGCAGAUUAAUAUGCUGCUAAAUUUUCAAUUGGGAGAGAAUUGCCCUUGUCCAGAGGAGAUCCGAGAAGAACUGUAUGACUUCCAUGAUGAUCUUCUUAUUCACUGUGGUAUUCCAUUGGAAGAAGAGGAAGAAGAGGAGGAGGACACUUCAUGGACUGGCAAACUAAGGGCACUAGUAUAUAAAAUCAAAGGGCCACCAAAGCCAGAGAAGGAACAGCCAACGGAGGAGGAAGAACAGUGCCCAACAACCCUGAAGGAACUUAUCUCUCAGACUAUGGUAUGCUGGGCUCAAGAAGAUCAAAUCCAGGACCCAGAGCUUGUUCGGAUAAUGUUCAAUCUUCUCCGUCGACAGUAUGAUAGCAUUGGAGAGCUUCUGCAAGCCAUGAGGAAGACUUAUACAAUUAGCCAUGCUUCUGUAGAAGAUACUAUUAACCUAUUAGCUGCCUUGGGUCAGAUUCGCUCUCUCCUCAGUGUAAGAAUGGGGAAGGAAGAAGAGUUGCUUAUGAUUAAUGGACUAGGGGAUAUAAUGAAUAACAAAGUUUUUUACCAACAUCCCAACCUCAUGAGAGUCCUGGGCAUGCAUGAGACUGUAAUGGAGGUGAUGGUGAAUGUUCUUGGAGGAGAGAAAUCUCAGAUUGCUUUUCCAAAGAUGGUUGCUAGCUGUUGCCGAUUCCUUUGCUAUUUUUGCCGAAUUAGCAGACAAAAUCAAAAAGCUAUGUUUGAGCAUCUAAGCUACCUACUUGAAAAUAGCAGUUUUGGCCUAGCCUCUCCAGCAAUGAGGGGUUCUACCCCACUUGAUGUCGCAGCCUCAUCAGUCAUGGACAACAAUGAACUGGCACUGGGCUUGGAGGAGCCAGACCUUGAGAAGGUGGUGACAUACUUGGCAGGCUGUGGUCUACAGAGCUGCCCUAUGCUCCUGGCCAAGGGAUAUCCUGACAUUGGCUGGAAUCCCAUUGAAGGGGAGCGUUACUUGUCCUUCCUACGGUUUGCUGUCUUUGUGAACAGUGAGAGUGUGGAAGAAAAUGCUAGUGUUGUUGUCAAGCUUCUUAUAAGACGUCCAGAGUGCUUUGGACCAGCUCUGAGGGGUGAAGGAGGAAAUGGUCUGUUGGCAGCUAUGCAAGGAGCUAUUAAAAUCUCUGAGAACCCAGCUCUCGACCUUCCUUCUCAGGGAUAUAAGAAAGAAAUCAGUUCAGAGGAAGAUGACAGUGAGGAAGAAAUUGUACACAUGGGCAAUUCGAUCAUGUCAUUUUAUUCAGCUCUCAUAGACCUGCUGGGCCGCUGUGCACCUGAAAUGCAUCUUAUCCAAACAGGAAAAGGGGAAGCCAUCCGAAUCAGGUCAAUCCUUCGCUCCCUGGUCCCCACAGAAGAUUUGGUAGGGAUUAUCAGUAUCCCUUUGAAACUUCCCACACUUAACAAAGAUGGGUCAGUGAAUGAGCCAGACAUGGCUGCCAACUUUUGUCCUGACCACAAAGCACCCAUGGUACUGUUCUUGGACCGUGUGUAUGGUAUUGAGGACCAAACUUUCCUCCUUCAUCUUCUGGAGGUUGGAUUUUUGCCUGACUUAAGAGCAUCAGCCUCUCUGGACACAGUGUCUUUGAGUACCACAGAGGUGGCACUUGCACUGAAUAGAUAUCUGUGUUCUGCUGUGCUCCCUCUCCUCACAAGGCAUGCUCCUCUGUUUGCUGGGACAGAGCAUUACACUUCUCUGGUUGAUUCCACACUUCAGACUAUCUAUAGACUCUCCAAGGGACGCGCCCUUACCAAAGCGCAGAGAGAUACCAUAGAAGAAUGCCUGCUCUCUAUCUGCAAUCAUUUACGGCCUUCCAUGUUACAACAACUCCUGCGCCGUCUUGUUUUUGAUGUACCACUCCUCAAUGAGUACUAUAAAAUGCCGCUUAAGCUUUUGACAAAUCAUUAUGAACAGUGUUGGAAGUAUUACUGCCUCCCUUCAGGAUGGGGGGGCUAUGGCUUGGCAGUGGAAGAAGAGUUGCAUUUGACAGAGAAGCUCUUCUGGGGGAUUUUUGACUCUCUCUCUCAUAAGAAAUAUGACACAGAUCUCUUCCGAAUGGCCUUACCUUGUCUCAGUGCAAUAGCUGGGGCCUUGCCACCUGAUUAUUUAGACACCAGAAUCACAGCCACAUUGGAAAAGCAGACCUCAGUGGAUGCAGAAGGAAACUUUGACCCCAAACCUAUCAAUACCAUCAACUUUUCUCUUCCUGAAAAACUGGAAUAUGUGGUCACCAAGUAUGCUGAGCAUUCACAUGACAAAUGGGCCUGUGACAAGAGUCAGAAUGGAUGGAAAUAUGGUAUCUCUCUGGAUGAAAAUGUGAAGACACAUCCAUUAAUAAGACCUUUUAAAACAUUAACUGAUAAGGAGAAGGAAAUUUAUCGCUGGCCUGCCAGAGAGUCUCUGAAAACCAUGCUAGCUGUGGGCUGGACAAUAGACAGGACCAGAGAAAGUGAAGCAAUCAUACAACAGCGGGAAAAUGAGAAGCUUCGCAGCAUUUCCCAAGCCAGCCAAGGCAACAGCUACAAUCCUUCUCCACUUGACCUUUCAAAUGUUGUGCUUUCUAGGGAAGUCCAGGGGAUGGUAGAGGUUGUGGCUGAGAACUAUCACAAUAUCUGGGCCAAAAAGAAAAAGAUGGAACUGGAAAACAAAGGUGGAGGCAGUCACCCUCUCUUAGUGCCAUAUGAUACUUUGACAGCCAAGGAGAAGUUCAGGGACAGAGAGAAAGCUCAGGAGCUAUUUAAAUUCCUCCAGGUGAAUGGUAUUGUUGUAUCUAGGGAUCUGAAGGAUAUGGAAUUGGAUGCUUCUUCAGUGGAACAGAGGUUUGCCUAUAAAUUUUUGAAGAAGAUUCUAAAAUAUGUUGACUCUGCUCAAGAGUUUAUUGCCCAUUUGGAAGCCAUCGUCAGCAGUGGGAAAACAGAAAAGUCUCCCCAUGACCAAGAGAUUAAAUUCUUUGCCAAAGUUCUCCUUCCCUUGGUCGACCAGUACUUCACCAAUCACUGCCUCUACUUCCUUUCAUCCCCACUGAAGCCACUCAGUAGCAGUGGGUAUGCCUCUAAUAAAGAGAAAGAAAUGGUGGCCAGCCUAUUCUGCAAACUUGCUGCCCUUGUUAGACAUAGGAUUUCCCUCUUUGGAAGUGAUUCCACUACAAUGGUGAGCUGCCUACACAUCCUAGCUCAAACACUUGACACGAGAACAGUAAUGAAAUCAGGAUCAGAGCUUGUAAAGGCUGGGUUACGUGCAUUCUUUGAAAAUGCUGCAGAAGAUUUGGAGAAGACUUCAGAAAACCUAAAGCUUGGGAAGUUCACCCAUUCCCGAACACAGAUUAAAGGUGUCUCUCAAAAUAUCAAUUAUACCACAGUGGCUCUUUUACCUAUAUUGACCUCCAUCUAUGAGCAUGUUGCUCAGCAUCAGUUUGGAGUGGAUUUACUCUUGAGUGAUGUGCAGAUUUCAUGCUACCACAUUUUGUGCAGCCUCUACUCUCUUGGGACAGGAAAGAACAUAUAUGUGGAAAGGCAACGUCCAGCACUUGGAGAAUGUCUCGCUGCCCUGGCAGCUGCUAUGCCAGUGGCAUUCUUGGAGCCCUCCCUCAACUGCUACAACUCGCUCUCAGUCUUCAACACCAAAACCCCCAGGGAAAGGUCUAUUCUAGGGAUGCCUGAUACAGUAGAAGAGAUGUGCCCAGACAUUCCACAGCUGGAGGGACUGAUGAAGGAAAUCAAUGAUCUGGCUGAGUCAGGAGCCAGAUAUACAGAGAUGCCCCAUGUCAUUGAAGUGAUCUUACCCAUGCUCUGUAAUUACCUAUCUUACUGGUGGGAACGAGGGCCUGAGAAUCUACCCCCCAGUGCAGAACCGUGCUGUACCCUAGUUACCUCUGAACAUCUCAGCAUCAUUCUUGGAAAUAUCCUGAAAAUCAUCAACAACAACCUAGGCAUCGAUGAAGCCUCCUGGAUGAAGCGCAUUGCAGUGUAUGCCCAGCCUAUCAUAAGCAAAGCCAGAGCUGACCUGCUUAAAAGUCACUUCAUCCCAACUCUGGAAAAACUAAAGAAGAAGGCAGUGAAGAUUGUAUUGGAAGAGGAGCAGCUUAAAGCAGACAGCAAAGGUGAUACCCAAGAAGCUGAACUCCUCAUUCUGGAUGAGUUUGCUGUCCUCUGCAGGGAUCUCUAUGCAUUCUACCCUAUGUUAAUCCGUUAUGUUGAUAAUAACAGAUCUAACUGGCUAAAAAACCCAGAUGCUGAUUCUGAUGAGCUCUUCAGAAUGGUGGCUGAGGUUUUUAUCCUUUGGUGUAAAUCACACAACUUCAAGAGGGAAGAGCAAAAUUUUGUGAUUCAGAAUGAAAUUAACAAUCUGGCAUUUUUAACUGGAGACAGCAAGAGCAAGAUGUCAAAACAGCUUCCUCGGAGGGGAAUGGCCAUGCAAGUAAAGUCUGGAGGACAAGACCAGGAGCGGAAGAAGACAAAGAGGAGGGGUGAUUUAUAUUCCAUCCAGACGUCUCUUAUUGUGGCUGCACUGAAGAAAAUGUUGCCCAUUGGCUUAAAUAUGUGUACUCCAGGUGAUCAGGAGCUGAUCUCCCUGGCAAAAAUAAGAUACAGUUAUAGGGAUACAGAUGAAGAAGUCAAAGAUCAUCUGAGGAAUAACCUGCACUUGCAGGAAAAGUCUGAUGAUCCAGCUGUAAAAUGGCAACUUAACCUAUACAAGGAUGUUCUAAAGAAUGAGGAGCCCUCUGAUCCAGAAAAGACAGUGGAGCGAGUGCAAAGAAUCUCAGCAGCUGUCUUCCACUUGGAGCAGGUGGAGCAACCACUUAGAUCCAAGAAAGCUGUCUGGCACAAACUCUUAUCCAAGCAACGUAAACGGGCAGUGGUAGCCUGCUUCAGGAUGGCUCCCUUGUAUAAUCUCCCCAGACACAAAAUUAAUAAUUUCUUCCUGAGCACCUUCCAACGGGUUUGGCUGGAAAAUGUUUAUGAAAAAACUCAGUAUGACAGGCUUAUACUCAUGUUAACGAAACCUCCAAAGGUAGAGGAGGAAGAAGAGGAACAAGCUGAAAAGCAGCCAGACCCACUUCAUCAGAUCAUUCUCCAUUUUAGUCGCAAUGCUGUCACAGAGAAAAGCCAUUUGGAGAAUGACCCUCUUUAUACCGCCUAUUCAGGCAUGAUGGCCAAGAGUUGUCAGAAUGGUGAAGAAGAAGAGGAAGAAGAAAAGGAAAAGACAUUUGAAGAAAAAGAAAUGGAGAAACAGAAAACCCUUUAUCAGCAAGCUCGCUUGCAUGACCGUGGUGCUGCAGAGAUGGUCCUCCAGAUGAUUAGUGCUAGUAAAGGUGAGAUGGGACCCAUGGUGGUGGAGACUCUGAAGCUUGGCAUUGCUAUUCUGAAUGGGGGCAACCCUGGAGUGCAGCAGAAAAUGCUGGACUACCUGAAGGAGAAAAAGGAUGCUGGAUUCUUUCAAAGCCUCUCUGGCCUUAUGCAAUCUUGCAGUGUCCUUGAUCUGAAUGCAUUUGAGAGGCAGAACAAAGCUGAAGGCCUGGGAAUGGUUACUGAAGAAGGAACACUCAUCGUUCGGGAGCGUGGUGAAAAGGUACUCCAGAAUCAUGAGUUUACCUGUGAUCUCUUCAGAUUCCUGCAGCUGCUUUGUGAAGGUCAUAACAGUGACUUUCAGAACUUCCUUCGCACUCAAAUGGGCAACACCACCACUGUGAAUAUCAUCAUCAGCACUGUUGACUACCUCCUACGUCUUCAGGAAUCAAUCAGUGACUUCUAUUGGUACUAUUCAGGGAAGGACAUCAUUGAUGAAUCUGGACAGCGAAACUUCUCCAAAGCUUUAGCUGUGACCAAACAGAUUUUCAAUUCCCUCACAGAAUACAUCCAGGGCCCUUGCAUUGGAAACCAGCAGAGCCUGGCUCAUAGCAGAUUGUGGGAUGCAGUUGUUGGCUUCCUUCACGUGUUUGCUAACAUGCAGAUGAAACUUUCUCAGGAUUCCAGUCAGAUCAAGUUGCUGAAAGAACUCUUAGAUCUCUUACAGGACAUGGUGGUGAUGCUCCUAUCCCUCCUGGAAGGGAAUGUUGUAAAUGGAACCAUUGGCAAGCAGAUGGUUGACACCCUUGUGGAGUCAUCUACCAAUGUAGAAAUGAUCUUGAAAUUCUUUGACAUGUUCCUGAAACUGAAGGACUUAACCAAUUCAGAUGCCUUCAAAGAAUAUGACCAAGAUGGAAAAGGAAUUAUCUCCAAGAAAGAAUUCCAGAAAGCUAUGGAAGGGCAGAAACAGUAUCCCCAGUCAGAGAUUGAGUUCCUCCUCUCCUGUGCAGAGGCUGAUGAAAAUGACAUGUUUAAUUACAUUGAUUUUGUGGACAGAUUCCAUGAGCCAGCCAAGGACAUUGGGUUUAAUGUGGCUGUGUUACUAACCAAUCUUUCAGAACAUAUGCCCAAUGAUUCCCGCCUGCAGUGUUUGCUGGAUCCAGCUGAAAGUGUCCUGAAUUACUUUGAACCAUAUCUGGGGCGCAUCGAGAUAAUGGGUGGAGCCAAGAAAAUUGAACGUGUUUAUUUCGAGAUCAGUGAGUCUAGCCGAACACAGUGGGAGAAACCACAGGUUAAAGAGUCCAAACGACAGUUUAUCUUUGAUGUUGUCAAUGAAGGUGGGGAACAGGAAAAGAUGGAAUUAUUUGUAAAUUUCUGUGAAGACACAAUCUUUGAAAUGCAGCUGGCAUCCCAAAUCUCUGAACCUGACUCAGUUGAAAGGCCCGAAGAGGAGGAGGAUGAAGGAGAAUUUUCUUGUGUAGUAGAAGCUGAGGAGGAUGACGAAGAAAACAAAUCAGUGGAGUCUGCUUCUGCAUUUGCCACAGCCUGUGUUUCAGUGAAGAAAAAUGUGGCCAGUUUUCUGAAAAUGGCCAGUCUGAGAAACCUCAAGAAGCAGUAUAGGAAGGUGAAGAAAAUGACUGUCAAAGAACUGGUUAAAGUGUUUUUCUCUUUCUUCUGGAUGUUUUUUGUGGGAUUGUUCGAAUUGUUCUUCACCAUUGUGUGGGGAAUCUUUCAGAUCCUCUGGAACACUGUGUUUGGGGGUGGCUUGGUAGAAGGAGCAAAGAACAUCAGAGUAACCAAGAUCCUUGGUGACAUGCCUGACCCUACACAGUUUGGCAUCCAUGAUGAUGUUACAGAAGCAGAAAGGGCAGAAGCAACUGAGCAGAGCAUCACAGCUGAACUUGUGCACUUUGUAAAGGGCGAGAAAGGAGAGGCUGAUAUCAUGUCGGAUCUCUUCGGGCUCCACACAAAGAAGGAGGGAGGCACGAAGCAUGGUCCUGACCCAGGCCUUGGGGAUCUCUCUGAGAUCAUUGGAAAUGAUGGGCCCCCCACAUUAGAAAGCACAGUUCGGAAGAAAAGGAAAGCACAGGCAGCAGAAAUGAAAACCGAAAGUGAAAAAGAAGGAAAAGUCGAAUCUGAGAAAGCAGAUAUGGAAGAUGGAGAAAAGCAGGACACAGUCAAGGAGGAGCAGCAACAAGAUGAAAAUCUGGGUGGGGAAAGGACCAAGAAGAAGCGCCGUCAUGGCCAAAAGGAGGAGAGGCCUGAAGCAUUCAUGGCCAAUUUCUUCAAAGGCCUAGAAAUCUAUCAGACCAAAAUGUUGCAUUACCUGGCCAGGAAUUUCUACAACCUGAGAUUCCUUGCUCUGUUUGUGGCCUUUGCCAUCAACUUUAUCCUGCUCUUCUACAAGGUAACUGAGGAGCCCUUUGAGGAUGAUGCAGAGGACUCCAACCUGUGGACUCCCUUCAAUGAAGAGGAGGAGGAAGAAGAAGGGAUGGUGUUCUUUGUCCUGCAGGAGAGUACUGGGUACAUGGCACCAACACUGAGGGCUCUGGCCAUCAUCCACACCAUCAUUUCCUUUGUGUGCGUUGUGGGCUAUUACUGCUUAAAGGUUCCUUUGGUGGUGUUCAAAAGGGAAAAAGAAAUAGCCAGGAAGUUGGAGUUUGAUGGUUUGUAUAUCACUGAGCAGCCUUCAGAAGAUGACAUCAAGGGGCAAUGGGAUCGCCUAGUCAUCAAUACACCGUCUUUUCCUAACAACUACUGGGACAAGUUUGUAAAGAGAAAGGUGAUCAACAAGUAUGGUGACCUCUAUGGAGCAGAACGUAUUGCUGAACUUCUGGGUUUGGAUAAAAAUGCCCUUGACUUUAGCCCAGUUGAACAGGCAGAACCAGAGGAGGCUUCUCUUGUGUCAUGGCUGAGCUCCAUCGAUAUGAAGUACCAUAUCUGGAAGCUGGGAGUUGUUUUUACUGACAAUUCCUUCUUAUACCUGGCCUGGUACACAACCAUGUCUAUCCUUGGUCACUACAACAACUUCUUCUUUGCUGCUCACUUACUGGACAUUGCAAUGGGUUUCAAGACACUGAGGACAAUUUUAUCUUCUGUAACUCACAAUGGCAAACAGCUGGUACUGACUGUGGGACUCCUGGCUGUUGUUGUUUAUCUCUACACUGUGGUGGCUUUCAACUUCUUCCGAAAGUUCUACAAUAAGAGUGAAGAUGAAGAUGAGCCAGAUAUGAAAUGUGAUGACAUGAUGACGUGUUACCUGUUCCAUAUGUAUGUUGGAGUAAGAGCUGGGGGAGGCAUUGGAGAUGAAAUUGAAGACCCUGCUGGUGAUCCUUAUGAAAUGUAUCGAAUUGUCUUUGAUAUCACAUUCUUCUUCUUUGUUAUUGUUAUUCUACUGGCCAUCAUUCAAGGUCUGAUCAUCGACGCCUUUGGAGAACUGAGAGACCAGCAAGAACAAGUGAGAGAAGACAUGGAGACUAAAUGUUUCAUCUGUGGGAUUGGCAAUGACUACUUUGAUACAACUCCUCAUGGUUUUGAAACACAUACAUUACAAGAGCACAACCUAGCCAACUACUUGUUCUUUCUGAUGUAUCUGAUUAAUAAAGAUGAAACAGAACACACAGGUCAGGAAUCUUAUGUCUGGAAGAUGUAUCAAGAAAGAUGUUGGGAUUUCUUUCCAGCUGGUGACUGUUUUCGGAAACAAUAUGAAGAUCAGCUCGGAUAAGUAUGAUGAGAUAAAAGGAGGUACUACAUAACCAGUCAACUCUCUACAGAAGGAAUUCUGUACCAUGUCCAUGUAUAGUACUUCAGCAAUCAUGUUUGAGAAACACCUCUUUAUCAAGAACUUGUCAUAAAUCUCUGACUUUGGAAAUUGAUUAGGCUUUUUGAGCCUAACAGACCUAUGCUGUGAGACUUACAAAAUCUAUAUUUGAAGGAGAGAAGAAACUGUGUCAAAAAACUUUAAUUACUUUCCAAUUGUAAACAGAGUUAGGUUACUGGCAUGGUUUUGAAUCCCAUCAUUCUUUAUCAGUUUGGAAACAGUCAAAAGGGCUAAAGAAGAUUUUGUCUUAAAUGCACAAUAUCUGAAACUUUAAAAGAACUUGAAUAUCAAGUGAUGAUGUCUCCAUUUGUUACUCAUGGUCUGAACUUAAAAAAUGUUUUAACUACAGUCAAUUUUCCCCAUGGUACUUGCUAGUGAAUGUAUCCAGAUACAGCCUGAAAAGCUUUAAGCAGUUAAAGAAAUAGAGAAAACUCAACACUUUAUCGACACUGAAAUAUCGAUUAAGUGCCUUAAAACUUCCGUAGACAUAGCUAUGCAAGUUUUUUAUGUUAGGUUUUAGAUGGAAAGUUUCAUUAAUUAGUUGUGCUGCUCUUCUAUUUUAAUGUAUGAAACUGCACUUGAAGGUUAUCCAUUCUACAUGAUUCUGUCAAUAGCAGCUAGCCAGUAGCUGUUAUUAGAAGAAAUGUACUGUAUCAGAAACUGGAAAUCCAAAUCUUAUGCCAAAAUUAAGUAAUGCUUCGUGGUCCUUUGUAAGUAGUGAAUCUGCUACAUUUAGGCGUUUCUCCUGAAAUAAAAACGAAGUGCCCCCUGCAAUAAAACGUUACAAACCAAACCCAGUAUGGCCUCAUCUAAUUUACCACAUACUCUGCCUGUGGCCAUAACAUGAUAACUGAGAGAAAUGAC